UCUGGCCCGCUCUGUCCUCCCGUAGGCUCCGCUGUAGCUCGCUAUGUGACACGCUCUCGCGCGCUCUCCCAGGCUCGCUCUCCCUCACCCUCUCUCAUACACGCACGCACACACCCACCUCUCCCAUAAACACACACACACACAUGCACACCCACAUCCACGCGCGCCCUCACCGCCCCACGCGCGUACACUCCCGCCCACGCCCACACCGCGCUCCGGGGAGUCCGGUCCCGGCUAGAGCGCGAAAGGACACGGAGAAGCCACCCGCCGGGAGCGCAGCGGCGCCCCGGGACGCGGCGCGUCUCGGCUGGGGCUCGGCCUGGGGGCCGCUGGCCGGCGAUGGCCCUGGAUUGCCUGCUGCUGCUCCUCCUGGCAUCCGCAGUGGCCGCGAUGGAAGAAACACUGAUGGACACAAGGACAGCCACUGCAGAGCUGGGAUGGACAGCCAAUCCUGCCUCUGGGUGGGAAGAGGUCAGUGGCUAUGAUGAAAACCUGAACACCAUCCGUACUUACCAAGUGUGCAACGUCUUCGAGCCCAACCAGAACAACUGGCUGCUCACCACCUUUAUCAACAGACGGGGUGCCCAUCGCAUCUAUACAGAGAUGCGCUUCACUGUGAGGGACUGCAGCAGCCUCCCAAAUGUUCCAGGCUCCUGUAAGGAGACCUUCAAUUUGUACUACUAUGAGACUGACUCUGUCAUUGCCACCAAGAAGUCAGCCUUCUGGUCUGAAGCCCCCUACCUCAAAGUCGACACCAUUGCUGCAGAUGAGAGCUUCUCCCAGGUGGAUUUUGGGGGAAGGUUGAUGAAGGUCAACACAGAAGUCAGGAGCUUUGGGCCUCUUACUAGGAAUGGCUUUUACCUCGCUUUCCAGGAUUAUGGAGCCUGUAUGUCUCUCCUUUCUGUCCGUGUCUUCUUCAAAAAGUGUCCCAGCAUUGUGCAAAAUUUUGCAGUGUUCCCAGAGACCAUGACAGGAGCAGAGAGCACAUCUCUGGUGAUUGCUCGGGGCAUAUGCAUCCCUAAUGCAGAAGAAGUGGAUGUGCCCAUAAAACUCUACUGCAACGGAGACGGAGAGUGGAUGGUGCCCAUUGGACGCUGCACCUGUAAGCCUGGCUAUGAGCCGGAGAACAGCGUGGCCUGCAAGGCCUGUCCUGCGGGGACCUUCAAGGCCAGCCAGGAAGCUGAAGGCUGCUCCCACUGCCCCUCCAACAGCCGCUCCCCUUCAGAGGCGUCUCCCAUCUGCACCUGCCGGACUGGCUAUUACCGAGCAGACUUUGAUCCCCCAGAAGUGGCGUGCACUAGUGUCCCAUCAGGUCCCCGAAAUGUCAUCUCCAUCGUCAAUGAGACGUCUAUCAUUCUGGAGUGGCACCCCCCAAGAGAGACUGGUGGUCGCGAUGACGUGACCUACAAUAUCAUCUGCAAGAAGUGCCGAGCAGACCGCCGGAGCUGUUCCCGCUGUGAUGACAAUGUGGAGUUUGUACCCAGGCAGCUGGGCCUGACUGAGUGUCGUGUCUCCAUCAGUAGCCUAUGGGCCCACACUCCCUAUACCUUUGAUAUCCAGGCCAUCAAUGGAGUCUCUAGCAAGAGUCCCUUUCCCCCACAGCAUGUCUCUGUCAACAUCACCACAAAUCAGGCUGCCCCCUCCACUGUUCCCAUCAUGCACCAGGUCAGUGCCACCAUGAGGAGCAUCACCUUGUCAUGGCCUCAACCAGAGCAGCCCAACGGCAUCAUCCUGGACUAUGAGAUCCGGUACUAUGAGAAGGAGCACAAUGAGUUCAACUCUUCCAUGGCCAGGAGCCAGACCAACACGGCCCGGAUUGAUGGGCUCCGGCCCGGCAUGGUGUAUGUGGUCCAGGUGCGCGCCCGAACUGUGGCUGGCUACGGCAAGUUCAGUGGCAAGAUGUGCUUCCAGACUCUGACAGAUGAUGAUUACAAGUCGGAGCUGAGAGAGCAGCUGCCCCUGAUUGCUGGCUCUGCAGCAGCUGGGGUCGUGUUUGUUGUGUCUCUGGUGGCCAUCUCCAUCGUCUGCAGCAGGAAACGGGCUUACAGCAAAGAGGCAGUGUACAGUGAUAAACUCCAGCAUUACAGCACAGGCCGAGGCUCCCCAGGGAUGAAGAUCUACAUUGACCCCUUCACUUAUGAGGACCCCAAUGAAGCUGUCCGGGAGUUUGCCAAGGAGAUUGAUGUGUCUUUUGUGAAAAUUGAAGAGGUCAUCGGAGCAGGGGAGUUUGGAGAGGUGUACAAGGGCCGUUUGAAGCUGCCGGGCAAGAGGGAAAUCUAUGUGGCCAUCAAGACCCUGAAGGCUGGGUACUCGGAGAAACAGCGUCGGGAUUUUCUGAGCGAGGCGAGCAUCAUGGGUCAGUUUGACCACCCGAACAUCAUUCGUCUGGAAGGUGUUGUCACCAAGAGUCGGCCUGUCAUGAUCAUCACGGAGUUCAUGGAGAAUGGCGCUUUGGAUUCUUUCCUCAGACAAAAUGACGGACAGUUCACCGUGAUCCAGCUUGUGGGGAUGCUAAGGGGCAUCGCUGCUGGCAUGAAGUACCUAUCUGAGAUGAAUUAUGUGCACCGGGACCUGGCUGCUAGGAACAUUCUGGUCAAUAGCAACCUGGUGUGCAAAGUGUCUGACUUUGGCCUCUCUCGCUACCUCCAGGAUGACACCUCAGACCCCACCUACACCAGCUCCUUGGGAGGGAAGAUCCCCGUGAGAUGGACAGCUCCAGAAGCCAUCGCCUACCGCAAGUUUACGUCAGCCAGCGAUGUCUGGAGCUACGGGAUUGUCAUGUGGGAAGUCAUGUCAUUCGGAGAGAGACCCUACUGGGAUAUGUCCAACCAAGAUGUCAUCAAUGCUAUUGAGCAGGACUACCGGCUGCCCCCUCCUAUGGACUGCCCAGCUGCCCUGCACCAGCUCAUGCUGGACUGUUGGCAGAAGGACCGCAAUAGCCGGCCCCGGUUUGCAGAGAUCGUCAACACACUGGACAAGAUGAUCCGGAACCCAGCUAGUCUCAAGACUGUGGCAACCAUCACCGCUGUGCCUUCCCAACCCCUGCUUGACCGCUCUAUCCCAGACUUCACGGCCUUUACCACCGUGGAUGACUGGCUGAGUGCCAUCAAAAUGGUCCAGUACAGGGACAGCUUCCUCACUGCUGGCUUCACCUCCCUCCAGCUGGUCACCCAGAUGACAUCAGAAGACCUCCUGAGAAUAGGGGUCACCUUGGCAGGCCACCAGAAGAAGAUUCUGAGCAGCAUCCAUUCAAUGAGGGCCCAAAUGAGUCAGUCACCAUCGGUAAUGGCAUGAGAGCUCUUGUGUUCAUAGGGGAGGAGAGGAAGGAAAAGGACCAGGGUCAAAGGGGAACCAGAGGUUAACCACUGUGGAAUGUGCCAGAAAGAUCAGCUUCUCGGCUGGGAAACAGCUUUCCAUCUGUGAAGAAUGAACUGGACCUGUUGCUCAUGGGCAACCGUCGUUUCUCGGCAACAGAAGCACGUAGAUGCCGUGGGAAACCAAACGCGUAAUAAUAAAGAUAGAGAGGUGAUGUUUAAUGGAAGCAAAGCCGGAACCAUAUGCAUUGGGAACCGAGGUGAACUCAGUUCCCAUCCAAGGGGGACUGGGAGUUACCUACCUGUCUGCAGGAAGAAGGGAAGGAGGUGGAGGGAAAAGUCAGAAGCCUCGGGCUGUUCCAUCUUCUCCCUCACCAAUGACAUUCUUUUCUUUUCUCCUUUCGUACUC